GCCAGCGCCGCCAGCACACACUUGAAUACAGAUCCCAGACCUGAUACGUGGACCAGAUGAGACACAAACCAACGCCAGCAGAUUUCACCUCCACUCUGACUCUGAGCUUCUGUUCCAGACGGUUCAACACUAUGAGGAUACUGUUACUUGUGGCUGCUCUGGCAGCUGCGUCCCAGGCCCAGGACGUGUGUUCUCUGGGGGCCUGUUACCCCCCCAGUGGUGACCUCCUCCUGGGCAGAUCCCAGCGGCUCCAGGCCUCCUCCACCUGUGGCCUCAUGGGCUCGGAGGUCUACUGUACCCCCUACCAACAGAGGAGGAUGAAAUGCUGCCCAUGUGACUCCAGAAACCCAGACAGUCAGCUGGCACAUACCGUCCAGGACGUCCUCUCUACGGCCGGGCCGGACCGCUGGUGGCAGUCCAGGAAAGGAGUGAGUCCGGUCACACUCCAGCUGGAUCUCGGCAACUUGUUCCAACUUGACAACUUGGUCCUGAGCUUCAAGGGUCCUCGCCCCAGCGCCUUAGUAAUCGAGAAAACGGAGGAUGGCGGCAGGACGUGGCAGCCAGCCGUUUACAUGGCCACAGAUUGUCACAGAGCCUUCCCGGGGGUUUCCACGACAACGCCCCUGACCCUGGAUCAGACCUACUGCUACACACUGCCCCCUACUGGAGGAAACCCCUACCAGGAUCACACGAUCCAGUUCAGUCCUCUGCACCAGUACAUGUACGUCCCAGUCCCUAAAAGCCAGAAGAUCGAAGAUGUGUCCGGGGUAACAGGGCUCAGGGUCCGUCUCAUGGAGCUGGGAGACGUCCCCCGUCUUCCGGGUCGAGCCCUUAGUCAGUUCUACGCCCUGAAGGAGAUGAGGGUGAUGGGCAGGUGCAUGUGCCACGGACACGCCCACAGAUGUCUGCCCGAAACCCACAACAACCUUGCUUCUAACGGCAUCCAGGUGAAUCCUCAGUGUGACUGUCAGCACAACACGGCAGGAGUCAACUGUGAACGCUGCGCUGAUCUGUACAACGACCUGCCCUGGAGACCUGCCGAGGAAGACCACACCCACACCUGCAAACGCUGUGAGUGUAAUAACCAUGCCCAGCGUUGUCGGUUCGACCCGGUCGUGUUCGAGGCCAGUGGGCGGACCAGUGGCGGCGUGUGCGAGAACUGCAUGCAUCACACCACGGGGCCCAAGUGUGACCGCUGUGCUGCAGGAUACCAGCCCAACCCCCGCAGCCGCAUGGACCGACCUGACGCAUGCAUCCGUUGUGUGUGCAGCGCUGACGGUACAGUGAACGGCAGUGGAUGUGAAGACGUGACGGGCUCCUGUCGGUGUAAAGCCAACGUGGACGGACCACGAUGCGAGCGUUGUAAGAGUGGAUUCUACGGCCUGAACGGUGCUGACCCGCUAGGUUGCUCCAAGUGUUCCUGUUCUCCAGAUGGAUCUCUGUCUGAUGUCUGUGACCCAGUGACGGGUCAGUGUCUCUGUCGACCCCACUUCCAUGGCCGCACAUGUAACACGUGUGCGAAGGGUUUCUGGAAACCAAUUGGGUCGACGCAUUGCAAAGCGUGUGGAUGCGAUGCCACCAACUCACUGAGUGACGCUUGCGACCAGUCAAGUGGUCAAUGUCAGUGCAGACCUGGGUUUGGAGGCAGAACUUGUGCAGGAUGUGCAGACGGUGCGUUCGGGGACCCUCUGAUCGGUUGUCAGCUGUGCCGGUGUAAUCUUGAAGGAACCAUCCCAGAGGUCUGCGAUAAACUCACCGGAGCCUGUCAGUGUCGUCCGGGCGUCACCGGGACUCGCUGUGAUUCCUGUGGUCGAGAACGCUGCAGCUCCUUCCCUGACUGCCCAUCAUGUCCGUCCUGCUUCUUCACCCUGGACGCUCAGAUGCAGAACCUGAGCUCAGUUCUGAACGGGCUCUCCGUCGGUUUUCCCGCUCCACCUGGAGGCUCCGGCGAUCCUGGAAAUUUUGGUCCUCGUAUCCAUGCCCUGGAGUCCAGCCUGAACCGCAUCCGUAACUCCAUCCACCUUCCGCCAGACGCCGCCUCGCAGGUUGACGAUGCUUUAUCCGAGUUGGACCGACUCAGAGACCAAAUCAACAACGUUAACAACGACCUUUCACCUUUGGAGCGAACACCUGGUCUGGACUCAGACCUGGACCAACUGCAGGCUCUGUUGAACCGGCUCAAUGUGGAGUACAAGGCCAAGAAUGAUGCCCUGAAGAACUCCAUCAUUCCUAUUGACACAGGAACUUUCAACACCAUCAAGGAUGCCUACAAAGAGUCGAAAGAUGCAGCCAAUAAAGUGGACGCCACUAAAGACACCGUCCAACAGUCAGCAGAUGUUAGAGAGGACGCCCUGAACCUCAGGAACCAGGUUCAGCUGCCCAAUAUCAGAGACCUGAACAAACUGAACCACAGCAUGGCCUCUGGACCCAACCUCACCCCGGUGGCCAAACAGGUCUGCGGCAGCCUUCGGUCCGAGCCUUGCACCCCUCUGCAGUGUGACGGAGGUGACUUUUGUCCACCGGAGGGCACUCCUCCUUGUGAAAAGGGGAAGAAGUGCAUCGGUGCUCUGCCUCUGAGCAAAUGGGCCAUGACUGACGCUCAGGAUGUCAAAGAGCGACUGGACAGACUUACCCAGAAGAUCAGGGAGGCUGCAGAGAUGCUCCAGGACACACAGGAUAGGACCAACCAGGUGAGAGACUCUGCAGGGAAACUCAACAACAGGGUGAAAAAGGCCAGACAUGAGCUGGAAGGAGACUUAACGGACACCCGCAACGUUGUCAAAGAGCUCAAAGACUUCCUGUCAGACCCUACAUCCAACCUGAGCCACAUCCAAGAUGUCAGCGACUGGAUCCUGAAGGCCAAGCAGCCUCUGAAUCUGGCCGAUCUGAAGCAGAAGGUGGAGCAUCUGAAGGACCUGGCCGCUGGUCUGCCCGACAGCACGGCGGUCCUGAAGGAGGCGGAGCCACAGCUGGAGGCAGCCAGGAAGCUGCUGCAGGAAGCCCAGGAUGCACGGGAGACGGCAGAGGCCUUGAAGACUAAUGUGGACGGGAUGGAGGCCGGGUUCAGGACGUUGGAGGAGUCCCUCUCAGACAUGGAGGACAAACUGCAGGACAGCAUGGACCUCAUAGACAACCUAAACCAGAACCUGAAGCAGGUCCAGGACCAGCUGAGUCCAGCUGAGGAGGCUUUGGACGAUGUGUCCAAGCUGAUGAGGCCAAUGAAACCACAGCUGGAUGAGCUCAGAGAUCUGCUGCAUAGAGGUGGUCAGUUGGCCCAGGAUGCCCUGGAUGACUCCAACCGAGCGGAGGACGAGGCAGCGGCUGCAGAGCAGGACCUUAAGGCUCUGGAGAAGGAGCUGCAGCGUCUGAAAGAUGAAGCUGGUCCUGGUGAGGGGGCAGGUCCUGAAGGGGAGGCGGGGCAGAUCGCGGACCGUGUGGCAAAGCUGCAUCAGGACGCAGGAGCUCUGGCCAACAUGACGGAGAACAUGCUGAAGGCUCUGGAAGGUAAAGCAGAUUCCCUGAGGUCGCUCCAGGACCAAGUCCUCCACAAGUCCACCAGACUUCAAGGACUCGACGCCAAACUCCGAGACCUUCUGCAAAAACUUCGAAGUAAAGCAUCUGAGUUGCAGGCCUGCCAGGGUUAAGGUCAGAGGUCAAACGUCCACACCGCCUCCUCGCCAUCGCACACGCAUCUGGAAUCACUGCAUCACAUUCAUUCUAAUUUCACCACAGGAGCACGGCUCAGUGUUACAUUAUUUAUUUUCAUUGUUUUCAUUUCUUGUUUGUGCAGAAUCCACAGUAUUUAAUAAAAGUGUUAGUAGUUUGACUGGUGUCAGACGUUAAUGAACAGGAUAAUGGGCACAGCAGGUGGAAACUCAACACAAGCAACAAAACUGGUCACUAAACACUGUUAAUAUGGAGGAGGUGAUACAAAAAAAAGAACUGAAUAUGGGUUCAUCUAGCACUUUGUGGCACUUGAUAAGUUCUGUUGAUUAGCAUUAGCAGCUGAUUUAUGUACAUGACAGAACAGUUGUGAUAAAUCCAUCCCAAAACAAAUAAUCUCAUCAAUAUAAAGAACUUUCUCCUUUCAGCAUCGUGUGAUGUGAAACAAACAAAACAACAUCAUGCAAAAAACAGUCCAAAAAAA